UAAAACUAAUUAAAUCUGUGCAAAUCUAUGCGCAAAUAACAGUGAAAAUGUGAACGUAGUGUUCAUUCAUGAAAUGAAAACAAUCGAAAAUGAAUUUAAACGUUAAAACUCGUUCUGAAAAUUUCGUCGUACAGGCAAAAAAAGGCCGAUUAUUGGUUGAAGAACAAGAAGAAGCAAAAGCAAUCGUCGACAACGACGAAUACACGGACAAGGCGCAGGGCCAAUGAAAAUCGUGUGAAGAGAAAACUUGCAAAAAUUACAGCAACAACAACAAAAUACAGCAAGUAAAAGAGCGAAAAGUGUGUUUAGAAAAGAAAUUAAAAACACACACGACAUACACAUACAUGCAUACGCACACAAUUAGAACACACACUCAUAUAAACAUAUUUUAAAAUUGGUGCAAAAAUCGACAGCGCGCGGUUUAAUAAUAAAUAAUUAUUUGUAUGUAUUGUGUGUCGUUGCGCGAAAACAUAUGAGCCGCAAAUACGAAAAAUCAAUGAAAUUCUAAUUAAUUCCAUAUUUUACUCUCUGCUCUGAGUAACGACUACUACUCUAUACCUUCAUGUGUGUGUGUGCAUUUCUCUUGUUGAUUUUGUGAUAAAAUUGCAAUCAGCAGCAGCAGCAGGCGCAGGACGGCUGCAACGAUAACAAUAUAAAAACAAAAACAAUUAUAACCAAAAAGCAGCUCAAGUGAGAAUUUAUCUGUGCUACUACAUAAGUUGAACACUAAGUGGUUGUGCAGCAACAAUCAGGCAAAAAAAUACCUGAAAAAAAAUAAUAAAAACGGUAAAACGAAGAAGUGGCGACGGCGACAAGCAGCAAACGAACGCGCUUAAAAAUAUUGUAAAAUCAAAAAGUUAGAAAGCAAGGUGUAUUUGCAAAAAUCGAACGCAAAUCUCUGAAACGACAACGAAGCGGCAUACAAAUAAUAAUAAAAAUAUCAAAAAUGGUGGAAGUAAUAGAGCGGAGGAGAACGGCUGCGUGAGCUCGCCGAGCUGGAGCUGAGCGCCAAUUAAAACAACAACAACAUACAUAACAGAAACAGCAGCCGCCGCAGCAGCGGCGAAAAGAGCCUCGAAAAGUACAUAAAAAAAUAUAAUUUAAAUACAGUGGAAGUUAAAGCACAAAGCGAGCAACGCAACUAAAACAACAAAACGAAAAAACACUCAACUAAACUAAAAAGCAACGCGUGUGUAUGGACCAAAAACUCAAGCACUAAGCAUAACAACAAUAAAAACCACCUUACGGCAAAACACAACAACAAAAAGCUGCAACGGAUUUAAAACAACACACAUCACAUAAACAACAACAUCAACAGCAGCAACAACAACAGUAAAAUGUACGGCAAGUCAAAAACUUCAGCCGUGCCUUCAGAUGCGCAGGCGCGCGAGAAACUCGCACUGUACGUCUAUGAAUAUCUGCUACAUGUGGGCGCCCAAAAGGCAGCACAAACAUUCCUCUCCGAGAUCCGAUGGGAGAAGAACAUAACGCUGGGUGAACCGCCAGGAUUUUUGCACACUUGGUGGUGCGUCUUCUGGGAUCUGUACUGUGCGGCGCCCGAGCGUCGGGAUCAGUGCGAUCACUCCUCAGAGGCCAAGGCCUUUCACGAUUAUGGAUUUGUAAGCUCAGGCUAUGGUGUGAAUGGUAUUGGACCCGGCGGUCCACACAAUGCUGGCGGUCCAGCGCCCAGUCCGCUCGGUCAGAUGCCACCCGGUGGUGAUGGUCCCAUGGGACCAGGCGGUCCAAUGGGACCCAACUUCUUUCCAAAUUCGACAAUGCGGCCAUCGCCGCCAACGCAUGCUUCGAGUCCACAGCCGCCGCCGUCACAAAUGAUGCCAGGACAGCCACCCUUCAUGGGCGGACCCCGUUAUCCUGGUGGUCCGCGGCCCGGCGUGCGUAUGCAGGGCAUGGGCAAUGAGUUUAAUGGCCCGCCAGGACAGCCAAUGAUGCCGAAUAGCAUGGAUCCGACAAGACCGGGUGGCGGAAUGGGUCCUAUGAACCCGCGCAUGAAUCCUCCGCGCGGUCCCGGUGGCAUGGGUCCAAUGGGAUAUGGUGGACCCGGAGGUAUGCGAGGUCCAGCACCUGGAGGCCCCGGCGGCAUGCCACCUGGCAUGGGCAUGGGUGGAGCAGGUGGAAGACCGCCACAAUGGCAGCCAAAUGCAUCGGCGCCAAUGAACGCGUAUUCAUCAUCAUCGCCGGGCAACUACGGUCCGGGACCGGGAUCAAAUGGUCCGCCCGGACCGGGCACGCCUAUAAUGCCCUCGCCGCAGGACAACACGCAAGGUGGUCCCGUUGGGGGACCAGGAGACAGCAUGUAUUCGCUAAUGAAACCAGAAUUUCCGAUGGGUGGCGGACCUGAUGGUGGAGGUGGUGGCGGAGGGCCUGGUGGAAUGGGCCCCAUGGGUGGUGGACCCAAUUCGAUGGGUCCUGUAAUUAAUGGUGGUGGUGGACCCGAUGGUACCGGUCUGGAUGGUAUGAAAAAUUCGCCAGCCAACGGUGGACCUGGUACGCCACGCGAGGACAGCGGCAGUGGUAUGGGCGAUUACAAUCUGGGUGGCUUUGGUGGUCCCGGUGAAAAUGAUCAAAAUGAAUCGGCAGCUAUACUCAAAAUCAAGGAGAGCAUGCACGAGGAGGCAAAGCGGUUUGAGAAAGACACAGAUCAUCCGGACUACUUCAUGCCAUAACAACAUCAUCAUCACCACCACCAGCACCACCAACAGCAACAGCAUCUCAAUACGGUGGCCGCUGCGGUUGCCGCCGUCGUUGCUGCUGCAGCCUCCAAUAGCACAGGCAGUGGCACCUCGGCAGCCGCUGUGGCAGCAGCGGCGCUUGGUGCGGCCGCUUCCAAUCUCUUAAGUGGUGGCGGUGGCGCAGCCAACUUGCCGCUGCCCUCCUUGCCACCCAAUGGCGGCAACAGCACUAAUCCGAACAGCAAUCCAGCACACAACAAUGGUAACAACAGUAACAACAAUUCUAAUAACUCUGGCAAUCCGACUGUGCCCUCUGGUGCGCAUUACUCCAAGGAACUCAAUUUCUAAAUACACACACACACACACACACGGUAGUAACUCCUCGGUACAUAAGCAUAAAUUAACUAUUAAUACCUAAUCUACAGAUACAUACAUAUAUGAAACAAAUUAAUGUAAUAGCGUCAAAGCAAAUUGUAAAAUUGAAAUGCAAAAAUAAUAAGCGAAUUAAAAACUGAAAAACUGAUAAACUGAACAAAACAAGCUAAACAAACUCAAAGCCAAACCAAAUGUAAAAUAGUUAUAACCCUAUGUUUACACUAGCUAUUGCUCAAAUAUUGUGCUAUAACCAUCAAGGCCACAAAUCACAUAUUUCUAUUCAACUUUUCAAUUCGAGCAUUCUAAAUAAGUUGUUAGAAAUUGUUUCAGUAUUUUGGCAAACAAGUACUUAAAACUUUUGCCUUAAAAUCCGAAAAGCAUUCUGGGAAAAUCUGUAAUCCAUGCUAUGUUCAUACAGGCCAAAAAUAUCACGAUCAAAUCUGCACCGCAGAUGUAACACUAAAGACAGGACAGGGAAAUUUUUCGGUAGAGCUUUACUAUCCAUACUUUUUAAAAUUGUAUUUUUAUUAGCAGACAUUGAAUAAUAUUAUAGUGAAUUGUAAAAAACGUAAGGAAUUGCUAAUGAGAUAAUAAUGUCCUGAAUCUAUUCAAUGUCUGCUUAAUAUUCAGAUCUGUUUCCAUUUCUGAAAUCGAUUCCAUUUGUCUAAAAUCGAUUUAGUGAAGGGCUGGGAUAAUGUAAAAUUGAGUAAAUUUAUUGAAACUAAAUCAAGAAUAUAACUCGAAUCGAAAUAUAUUUUGUUUAGAGUAGACAUUAGUUUGUGCCACCUUCCGCCCAAUUAUAAUGAAAUUGAAUAAUAGUACGCGCUACGUUUUAACAUUUAAUAUGUGCGUGAUCAAAUGUAGAUAGAUUUUAUUUAAAUCUGAAACGGGAACAGACAGGAUAAAGAAAAGUACAGCUCAAAUGAGAGCAAAACUAAUUCCACAAUAAAAAUACCAGUUGAGUUAUUCUAAAUAUCGAUUUUAUAUGUACUGUACUUAUAUAGUACUUCCACUUUAUAGAAAGUACAACUUUUGAGGAUCUUAAUAUUCGAGCUCACAACAUUUUCAAAACUUACAAUUAUUUGUAUUUGUCAAUAGAAUUAUAAAUUUUAGAGCUUGAAUAAACAUUUAUUUGAUUACGUAGUAAACAUAUGAUAUGAUUUAUAAUAUGCAAUAAUAUUGAAUGUCAAAUAUUUGAGCCACAGAUAGUGCGAACAUAGCUUCAGUAAAUACUAUACAAAAGAAUAGAAACCCACAGCAGGCGCGUCCAUGUGGCAAGUCCACGCUCCACAAAAAUAAAAAUGUGUGUGUACGGCCCAAGAAAAUAUACAUAUAUAUAUAAAAAGAAAAGCAAAUAUACUUAACUUAAUGUUAAUGAAAUGCAACAGUUUAAGCGCAUAUUUUGAGCAAGUUUUGUGGUUUUUCCCCCCAUUCUGUUCAUUACCUUCCUAUAUAUUUAUAACAGCCAAGUACUUGCUCGCAUAUUACUAAUAAUUUUGUAUGUGCGCCUAUAUAGUAUACAUAUGUAUGUGUAUAUGUAUCCUGAUACCUUUGUAUGUACAUUUUCUGUUUGUGUGAUUUUUUGCAUAUACACAUAUAUAUCUUACACAUUUAUAUAUAUAUGGAACACAUAAUAACAUUACUGUAGAAAUUGAAAGAAGGGCAACUUUUGUUAGGCAAGUCUUAAAGGCGCAAAAAAAAAAGGGAGAACGAAAUAUUUAUAUUGGUAAAUAAUAAACUUAUAUAUAGCGGAACAUAGUUAGCCUUGUUCGAUAUGUACAUGCAUGCACCUAUAUAUAGAACUGUAAGUGUGUAUGUUUUUGUGCUCUCUAAGCACAAUGGCAAUGUCGGCUUUUGGCUAUCACACGUCGUCCUCCGCCCUACCCUCUUCACCAUCACACCCGCACCCCUUCAACAUUGUACAAAACCAAAAUGCGUUACUUACGCUGUAAUAAUAAUUGUAAAAAAAGAGGCAUUUUGUCUAUGUUUCUUGCAGUCCUUUGGAACAAACUUAUUUUUUGCCCGUUUUUGUUGUUUCCAAAUGGCUCUUCUCCUUGUCGUUCGGUCGUUCGUUUGCAUAUUGUAUAUUGUUUUCUUUUGCAACAAAAAAAAACAAAAAUAAAAAUUGUUAUUUAAGUUCUUUUAAUGUUCCGCUAAUGUUGUGGUAAUUGAGCAAUAUUUAUCAUUUAUAUUUCUCCUCAUACAGCAAAGUGUUGCUUACUUAAGUGUUGUUGUGUUUUUGGAAGUCAAAAGAAGGCACAACAUUGCGCAUUAUUGGGCACGAAAUAUAUAUAUAAAGAUUUAAAGAAAUCAAAGCGCAUCGUAUGCAUUAAUUUAUUGCGCAUAUAAAUAUAUAUAUAUAUAGAAAUAUAAAAGAGUAGUUAAGAAUUAGCUGUUUAAUAUGCAUAGACGAUUAUUACUUAAAAGCAGCACAGAAGGCAGCAAAAAAAAAAUACAAAAACAAAAAAUGUAGCAACCUAACUUAAAAUAUUUACUUCAAGAUAUCAACACUAAACUUAAAAACAAAAAAAAAAAAAAAAACAAGAAAAACAUCAUGCUGUACAAAAAAUUUAACAAUUCUACGGAAAAUUAGCUGUGUUUUAGCGAACGCAGCCAAUGCAAAUUAAUAUAUGAUUAAAAUUAAUGCGGAAAGUAUAUAGAACUAUAUACAUAUAUAUAUAACUAUAUACACAUAUAUGUGUGUAUGCUUGCACCUUUUCUUUUGACACAGCAUUCACAUAGUAAACAAACAAAAAAAAAGGUCUACUGAAUGAGAAAUAACUUAACAUUUACAAAACACGUACAGUAGCAUUAAAUUAGCAACUAAUUCAUAAGAAUAUGAAAAUACAUGAAUGAAUCAAAAAGGAAUUCGCCGCAUUGAAUAGAACAACCACAAAAAUAAUAUGCAACAUCAAUUGAUAAAAUAACUUAAAUAUAUAUAAAUAAAAUAAAAAUAUAUUUUAAAUAUAUAUUCAAUGUGUCGGAAUUUGAAGCAUAUUCGAAAGUAUAUGCAAAUCAAGAACGGUUUGCUGCAUGAUUUUUAUUAAUGCCGCACAACCAAAACAAACUUAAAUAGUAUUUAAGUUUAAAUAUAAAUAUACAAUUUAUAUAUUAUUUACUAACCGCUUAAAGAUUAAGCGUUUAAAUUGCUGGAUCUAUAUAUAAAUAUUAUUACGUAUGUGUAAUGGCGCGGCGUUAAGUGAAGAACAACAAAAACAAAACAAGAAAAGGCAAAAAAAAAAUGAAAAACGGAUUAAAUAUGAAAAUAUGUUUGAAUAAGUAUUUUAGUGUUAAUUAAACAAUUUACAAGUACACAAAAACAAAA